AGAAGAGGUCAUUAGAUCCUCUGGAACUGAAGUUAGUGAUGGUUGUGAGUUGCCAUGGGGAUGCUAGGAGUAAGACCUGGCUCUACUGGAAGAACAACAAAUGCUGUUGACUGCUGAGCCGCCACCUCUCCAGCCGCUGUCCUCUUUAAACAGUCGGUUGUCUGAUUGUCCUGCGGAGCUCUUCGUCAUCUCACUCCUGAGUGGAUAUGCACUGCAUUGUUACUGAUGCUCAGCCUCAUCUUCUCAAACUCCUAUCACUGUGUUGAUGAUAAAGCACUUGAUUAUAUUUGACCAGUAUGACUCAAUUCAUAUAUGGAAUCCUUUGCUCAGACUUUUAGACAGUAGUAGUUGCCUCUAGCUGGAAUCGAUUAGAAGAGUUUUGCAGUUUACAUGACUCACCUCUAUCCUCCUGCUUGCUUUGAGCACAGCUUGAAGGAGGAUGCUCACUGUUCUCUUCUACCCUUGGGCCGCACCCUCUGAUGUCAGCGCUCAGUCCUCUGUUACUCCUUCUCUAGAGCCUAGAAGGACGUCCCCUACUGGAGUGCCCACUUGUUAUCAACAGCGAUGUUCAGUUAUUCUCCAUAAAUCUUCUUAGCACCCCUUUCACAUGAGAUAAUCAUGGCUGAUGCUGCUUUUCUUCUUAAAGGCAGGCUCUCAUUAUGUAGACCAGGCUGGUCUGGAAUUUGGUAACCCUGGCUGGCCUCAAAUUCACAUGGCUCCUUCUGCUUCAGUCUUGCAUGCGUAGGAUUGAAGGAUGGCACUUCCAAACGUCUUGGAAACUUGCUAGAAAUGAUGUACCAGGAGCCAGCACGAUGGUCCUACACAUUCCAGACCCUUUCUUUCAUGAGCCGUCUGAAGGUGCAGCUGGAGCCCAUCCCAGGGAGACUCCUGCAGGCAGAGAAGUCUGUGCGGGUCUUUGAGAGGUCUGUGUACAGUGACAGGUAUAUCUUUGCAAAGAAUCUAUUUGAAAAUGGCUCCCUCAGUGACAUCGAGUGGCACAUCUAUCAGGACUGGCACUCCUUUCUCCUGCAGGAGUUCGCAAACCGGCUUUUGUUACACGGCUUCAUCUAUCUCCAGGCUUCACCCCAGGUUUGUAUGGAGAGACUCUACCAGAGGGAUAGAGAAGAAGAAAAGGGCAUUGAGCUGGCCUAUCUUCAACAGCUACAUAGUCAGCACGAAGACUGGUUUAUUAACAAGACUACCAAGCUCCACUUCGAAGCUCUGCAGCACGUGCCAGUGCUGGUGCUGGAUGUCACUGAAGACUUCUCUGAAAAUGCCGCCAGGCAGGAAGAGCUCAUGGGACAGGUGAACACCUUUAUGAGGAACUUGUAAGCAAUAAGGACACGUGGCUGUGGUCUGGACUCUGACUUUCUCAGAUGCUGACUGCUCUCCAUCCUGUUAUGCACAUCCCUUUGGCCCCUCAUGCACCCCCACACCUGGGUGUGUGCUGUCUUUGUACUGCCAUUGUUUUUGUUUUUUUAAUCUCAAGCACCUUGAAAUAAAGCUGACUUUGCUAUUUUUCUAA